AUGGAAACUCCAUCUCCUGGGGAGCAAGUGGUCACUGUGGCCAUUGAGUCCUUCAGCAACAACGUAUUCAUCAAUUGGCUUGCAGGAGUGGCGAACAAUGGAAGGCUGGGAUGCAUCAUGUUCAAUGAGGCACAUGGGAUCAUAGAAGAUCAACUGUUCCAUCCAGCCUACCUUGAUGCCAUCCGGAAGCUCAUGCAGCUGCAGAAUGCCCCCAUCCUUUUUGCAUCGGGCACGAUGUCGUGGGGUUUCACCUGGAAGUUUUGGAAGGCUGCUGACCUCCUGUAUCGUCCAGACCAGUCUGUGGUGGUGAUCCACAUGAGGACCCAACGGCCACAGAUCUUCUACCAGUUCGUGGUACUGGGGAUGGGUCAAGAGCCUUGCAAGACGGAUCUUCCAGACAUCAAGACGGCCUGGAACAUGGAAUGGCGUGCACAGAUGGUCGAGGUCAUCCGCCAGGUGGAGGAGGGUCUGAAGGGCGAUGAAUGGGGGUUGGUGUUCUUCGCAGGCUACUAUGGCUUCGAUUACCAUGCUGUAGCCUUUUUGAUCUUCGUUGGGCAACCUUUCUCUGUGAAUGACUUCUACCAGAGUUCAGGGAGGGUGACUCGAGGUCUGCAAGUUGGAACGAGCCUUGUGUUGCUUCCAGCUCCUCCGAAGUGCUUUUCCGCCACACAGGAGUGUUUCGAGGGUCGUGUGGCCAUGACGAAGGCCGUUCAACAGUACACGAUGUGCCAUCAGGUCAUGCCUUCGCUGCAUCUGGAUAGCAAGGGCGAAAACUGUAUGGGCCUUCGGGAGUCAGAGCCAGGGACGGUGCUGUGUGUGGCAUGUUACAAGGACAAGAAAGGCAAGCUGGAUGACUAUGAUUUCGAUCUCCGCUGGGGUAAACCUUUCGAAUUGAGGGCAGCAGCAGAUGAUGGCGAUGAGCCCAUGGUGAUAGAUGGAGGUUCGCAGACAUCGAUGCAACCACAUGGAUCUUGGACACCUUCUUCCACUGAUCGAUCGGCUGGCACUUCAAAGAGUGGGCCUUUGGCCUUGGAGAUCAACGCUUCGCUCCAGCUGUCCAAAUCCAACGCUUCCUCUGCCAUCCCCAUUCAAGGAUGGCAACAAUAUCAGGAGGGAUAUCACCAGUGGAAGUGGAAGCGUGGCCUGUUUUGCACCAAGGGGGAUGGUAAGGACAUUGAGGGGUAUUGUUGGAAAUGCCUCCUCAACAUGGACUCUAGUUUGGUGCACACUUGUCCAACGAAGGAUGGGUGCAAAUUUCCUGAUAUGAUUCCUGAAAUGGCCUGGAUGGUCCUAGGCUCGGAGGCGCUCCGUAAGGGUCUGGCCAACUACAUUGGUGAUCCCAAGGUAGAAACCAUAUGUGGGUACAAAUUGUGGCUGUUGGGGAGAUGGGAGGGCAAUAAGAAAUGGUGUAACAGUUCCACUCUGCUUGUACUCUUCUUUUACUGA